GUGAGCGUUUCAUCCGCUUUCCUCCACGCGCAACAGCCGUUACCGUCCCGCACGUGAUCUCCAUGGAAACGUCAUCAAGCUCGAGAAGUCUAUUAGUUGUGCGCUAGCUGAGCAUGGCAGCAAAGGUAAUGAUAAAGAGGGCUGAUCCAGCAGAGCUCAAGUCCAUUUUCUUGAAGUAUGCCAGUGUGGAGAAGAAUGGAGAGCGCCACAUGUCCCCAGAGGACUUUGUGUCCAAGUUCCUCCAUGCACAAACAGAUAUAAGGCUGUCCAAGGAGGGCACCGUUCUACUGGCUGGUGUUCUGGACCAGACCAAAGAUGGGUUGAUCUCCUUCCAGGAGUUUCUGGCUUUUGAGUCGGUGCUGUGUGCUCCGGAUGCUCUCUUCAUGGUCGCCUUCCAGCUCUUCGACAAAACUGGAAAUGGCACUGUCACUUUUGAGGAUGUGAAACAAGUUUUCGGUCAGACCACUAUUCACCAGCACAUCCCCUUUAACUGGAACUCAGAAUUUGUUCAGCUUCACUUUGGCGCCGAGAGGAAGAAACACCUUAACUACGGGGAGUUCACUCAGUUUCUGCUGGAGAUGCAGCUUGAACAUGCCAGACAGGCUUUUGCGCAGAGAGACAAGGCCAGGACAGGCACCGUCACGGCUCUGGACUUCAGGGACAUCAUGGUGACCAUCAGACCCCACAUGCUUACACCAUUUGUGGAGGAAUGCUUAGUUGCAGCAGCCGGUGGCAGUACGUCACAUCAGGUCAGCUUUUCCUACUUUAAUGGCUUCAACUCUCUGCUAAACAACAUGGAGCUCAUUAGGAAGAUCUACACCACCCUGGCAGGCAGCCGCAGAGAUGUGGAAGUUACUAAAGAGGAGUUCAUCAUUGCUGCCCAAAGGUUUGGCCAGGUGACCCCUAUGGAAGUGGACAUCCUGUUCCAGCUGGCUGACCUGUCUGAGCCGAGAGGGCGUGUUGGUUUAGUUGACAUUGAGAGGAUUGCGCCUCUGCAGGAGGGAGCACUUCCUUACAACCUUGCUGAGAUUCAAAGACAGCAGUCUGGUGGGGACUCGUCUCGCUCGGUUCUGAUUCAGGUCGCUGAGUCGGCGUACAGGUUCACCCUGGGCUCGGUGGCUGGAGCCGUGGGUGCCACCGCCGUGUACCCCAUCGACCUGGUGAAGACCCGCAUGCAGAACCAGCGUUCUUCAGGUUCCUUCGUGGAUGAGCUGAUGUACAAGAACAGCUUUGACUGCUUCAAGAAGGUCGUGCGCUACGAGGGCUUCUUCGGUCUCUACAGAGGCCUUGUACCGCAGCUUCUGGGCGUGGCUCCCGAGAAAGCCAUAAAGCUUACAGUUAACGACUUUGUGAGAGGAAAGACUAUGCAAAAAGACGGCAGCGUUCCUCUACCUGCUGAAAUCUUGGCUGGCGGAUGUGCUGGGGGAUCUCAGGUGAUCUUCACAAACCCUCUGGAGAUUGUGAAGAUCCGUCUGCAGGUGGCAGGAGAAAUCACCACAGGGCCACGCGUCAGCGCUCUCUCUGUCAUCCGUGACCUGGGUUUCUUUGGCCUGUACAAGGGUGCAAAAGCCUGUUUCCUGAGAGACAUCCCCUUCUCGGCCAUCUACUUCCCCUGUUACGCACACACCAAGGCGGCCCUGACCGACGAAGACGGGCGAGUGGGACCUGGCAGGCUUUUGCUGGCAGGGGCGCUGGCGGGCAUGCCUGCCGCAUCCCUGGUGACCCCUGCUGAUGUUAUCAAGACCCGGUUACAAGUGGCUGCCCGUGCAGGCCAGACCACGUACAAUGGACUCAUUGACUGUUUCUGGAAGAUUCUUCAGGAGGAGGGGCCUCGUGCCUUUUGGAAAGGAGCUGGAGAAGCGAUGCGAUAAGAUUCCAGUGGCGAGCAAUUUGACUGUCCACACUAGACGCGACGUGGCGAUGAGAAGCGAUUAAAAUCAAUCAAAAACUACAGCCAAUCAGAAGAGAGUGUGGGCGGGCUCUCUUGGCAAGAGCACAGCAGACGCAAUGGCAUGGGCAAGUACAUAGUAAAAUUCAUAAAUAUUACACCAUUUAAAGUACAUAUGGAGUGACUGAACCAAUCUUUGUCAUAGAAUACACUUGUGUGUUCGCAUUGAGUUGACAAUUUGAAUGUUCUUGUGCCCAUUUAUUUAUUUUCAAGAUCUGAGGUGAAUUCAGUGUUGUUUUCAUUACAGCUAAAAAGCUGGGAACACAGAAUGGUAUUCAAACUCACAUUAGACGCUUUUAACAUUAAAUAAAGCACAUAAAAAGUACCUGAUAUUAUCAUUGCUUUACUUUGUGUUGUUGUUCCAGCCGUCGCGGCUGGUUAGGACAAAAGCUCUGAUUAACAUGGAAAAGAUAUGUUUUGUCGCGUCUGGUUAGGACAGGGUGUUUAAAUGCAAAUGAGCUGCUGCUCCCAGCCUGCUUUCCAGAAAAGGGCGGAGCUUUAACAGCUCGCGCUUUGGUUGCUCAACAACAACAAAACUGGAGAAUCUCACGCAGCCAAAAUGAGGAUUGUCAGUAACGGUGUUCAGCCUUACAUUGUUCAAACCGGAGUCGGACACUGAUGGAGAGACUCAGGAAGAAGUUACAACUUUUAGAAUAAAACUGGAAGUUUCUGAAUGGUUAGUGGAUAAAUUUAUGUAGCUGCUGUGGAGUUGAUUCAACUCAUCACCUAGCACGUGCCGUCAUGUUAAUCUUUUGUGCAAAUCCAGCGUUGAAUUGACCCUCAUUUGUGAAGCAGUCCGGAGUAAAAUGACGGCAUGGUAACAAAACUCUACUCUAAAGCAGCCCAACAUGGCCUCACCCCCUUUGUUGUGUGUUCUCGGGGGCAGGGUUUAUCUAAAUUUUAGGGUUUGUGAUGUCAUUAACCUGGGAAAAAGCUUGUUGUAGUCCCUACCAGUCGUUUGUUGUAGUCCUAAAACAGAAAAUUCUUUAAAAGAAAAUAUCUCCCUUUGCAUUGAACUUUGAGCGUCGUAACUUUGCAUAUGUUGUUUAUUCUCAAACAGCAACAUUACACUAACUAAAGUUAAAAAAAGUGAAAUCAUAAUCAACCACCCCUUUAAUAAUUGUGUGUAUUAGCUCUCCUACAUGACCGUCUCCUAAAGCAUUUUUAAUAAAUGUAGAAUCUGUACAGACUGCUUGCUGAUGCUUCAUAUGAAUGUCAUAUUGUUUAUUUU